AUGGUGCUAAGGCUACUUCUCGCAGUGCUUUUGUGCCAGACAGCAGAGAUGAUCAGGGACGGGGAAAUGGAGCUACUAUUCGUCCAAGCAAUAUGGCGACAUGGAGAUCGAUCACCAACAAAAACGUACCCGACUGAUCCGUUCCAGGAUGGAAAUUGGACAUUUGGUGGCGGAGGAUUCGGACAACUUUCACCGAUUGGCAUGAAACAACAUAUGAAUUUUGGAAAAUAUCUGCGGCACGACCUACGUCGACUCCGGGUUCCUCUCACCGAGAUCUACGUUCGAUCAACGGAUAAGAAUCGCACGAUCAUAUCGGCGAUGUCGAACAUGCUCGGCAUGUACGGCCAGGACAACAACGCCAGCGUCGCCGGAGUUGAUUAUCCGGAUGAACCGGGUUGGCCCGUUGGCUAUGUGCCAAUCGCAAUCCAUACGGUCGACGAUGACACCGAUUAUAUAGGCAAUCCUGACGCCGUAUGUCCGCGCCAGGACCAACUAUGGGAUAUGGCGAAGACUUCCGAUGAACUGCAAGAAUUCCAGAAUAGGAAUGAUGUUUUGAUGCUACUUGCAAAUCUAACUGAGAAUUGCGGAGAGAAUGUCACCAUCGACAACCUUUGGAUCAUUCAGGAUGCCUUAAUGAUUGAGCAAAUCCACGCGAAUGAUACCUUAAGACAAGUAAACGAAUGGUUCACGGAUGAUCUCUACAAUCAAAUGACAGUGAUCAAUGAUCAAGUAGAAUUAUAUCAGAAUGGAAAUUUCAAUGGCACUUUGAUGAUGAACGGUCUCAAUAUUGGCUUGGAAUUGCUGAAACUUCGUGGAGGAUCCAUGAUUAAUGACUUAUACAUGCAUAUGAAUGUGAAAUACAAUUGUAUGUUUUCUACGAAUGCGAAUCCUACGGAUUGCAAAUGGAUGAACGGAGUCAAAUACUAUGUCUACUCAGCUCAUGACACAACUAUUUUCGCAUUUUUCUCGAUAAUGGGUAUCGUCGAGAAGGUGAUCCGACCUCGUGGAUAUCCUCUAUAUUCGGCGGCGACGUUCGUGGAACUAUGGUUGAAUCAUACCGAUAAUAAGCCAUAUUUUAAGCUUUCCUACCAUGCAAAUGACGUUAACGUAACGAUUUAUCCCAUUACUGCGGAGAUCGAGGGAUGCAAUGGGAAUAAAUACUGUAGUUUAGACGUGUUCUCGAAUUUUGCCGCUACGGCAAAACCAGAUAAACCAAUGGAUCAGUGGUGUAACGUAAAUCCAAAUGUGAUAAACACCACCGCCACUACUCCUGGAAAUGACGUUACUCCUGUGAAUGUGACUGUUGUUCCACCUAACGGCACUACUCCAUGCACUGAACAUUGUUCUGCCUCCUCAUGGACCACAUUUAUCACAGCUAUCCUUACGAUAUCAUACGCAUUGCUCCGGAACUAA